AUGAGCCAUCUAUCGGCUACGUUGCCUUCUUUGGCGACAUCGAACAUGAAGUCUUGUCGGUUGAAUCUGAUCACCCUCACAUACAACUUCUUCUUCUUCACACCCCAAGAUCCGAACUUCUUGGUCGACGGUGGAUUGGUGGGCUUGGGGCUCAAGUACGAAUAUGCGGUGAGUAUGGCUACCAGACGAAAGCACGAUGCUCUCAAAUCCGUCUCCGAGAACCUCAAAGGAGAGGACGCUCUGGUGGCACAGAUCAGCGCAUCCCUCGGUCUAAAGGCCGACAUCAAAGUCUACAUCGACUUAAAGGAAAUGUGGGAAUGCGAUUACACGGCAAGGGAUUUUGAUGAUGAGACUUGGGGCUGUGGCCACUGCGGAGCAUGGCAUGUACGGGUCCCUGUUCUUGAACCCAUAUUCAUCAAUCAUGUACUUAUGAAAAUGUGA